ACAUCUCAUCUGUCUGCGGCGAUCGAACAGGCGCAUACAUUUCUUUCGGUCCACUGUUGUACGUGCACCUCCGAAGAAACCUUUCACGACAAUGGAGAAGAACGGUGCUUUCAGCAAGAUGUACCUCAUAGUGCCGAUGGUCCUUCUCGGUCUGUCCAGCAUGGUCGGCGCCGUCGACAUCAUCUUCUAUCAGGACAGUGGAGCUUGUCGCGGGUCCGGAUACUCGUUCAAUGGCAUCGCCAGACAAGUUUGCUGCGUCGCAAACGGAGGCUCGGUGCUGUUUACAGAUAUGGACGGCUGCAAGACCAGCCUCGUGUACAGGAACGGCGGUUGCAACAGCGGCCAAGUUGGCUCCGGCACGGGAAACAGAUGCUACAUCGGUGGAGGCUUCACAUCCGGCUACUGGUACCAGAGCUGCAGACGCCGCUCGCUGCUCGGUGACGCUCCUUCGGACAUGUCUAAGUGCGAGAGCCAAGCCAAGCCCACAGGUCUUGUGUUCACCGAGGACUCAGCCAAAGGCACGUGGAUUCUCAAAUCCUCAAAUGCUGUUGAAUUAUCGUCUCAAAUUGAGAGCAUGACCGAUGCAGAGAAAGUAAACUGGUUCCAAGCCAACGGCGCAAGCUUCCACAACAUCGCUGUUACAGAGAACGUGAACUUAAACUGAAACUGAACACCAGAAAUUGGACCGAUGAUGAUGGUCGUGUUCAAGAUGGUAUUCCAUAAGUAAGCUUACUGGUAGUCGUGGACCCGUCAACAUCGAGAGAAGUUCAACGUGUUCUUACGUGACUUGGACAAUGGUCGCACAAUGUCCUGUGUGGAAAUGACUUGAGGUUCUAGUUUUAAAUGAAUUUCCCAUAGAAAGGUUGCAUCUUGCUAUUCGCUAGUGACUCGGGCUAAAAUGCGCCUCAUGUAUAGGGUAACCAAGAGAUUGCUUGCUGCGUGCAAAGCCCUGUAAUGAUGAGCGGUAUUAAUAAAUGAGUUUCGUUAGUGUUUCAAUGU